AUGGUCUGCCGGGGCCUGCCGAUGGCCUACUGGGACUACCAGGCCGCCGUGAUCGACUUCAACCACGACCUCGACGCCUACGACGUGCACCAGAAGAUCGGCCAGGGGAAGUACUCGGAGGUCUUCCGCGGGUGGAACCGGGGGACGGGCCGGCCCUGCGUGCUGAAAAUCCUCAAGCCCGUCCGCUACCACAAAGUCCAGCGGGAGAUCUCGAUUUUGCAGAAUUUGUGCGGGGGGCCGAACGUCGUGCGGCUGCUCGACGUCCUCAAGGACGCGCGGACGAACACGGUGGUGCUGGUCACCGAGUACGUCGAGAACGCCGUGACGCUGCGCUGGUUGAUGAGCAAAUCCCUGCUCGAGGACUUCGACCUUCGGUAUUACGUGUACGAGAUCCUGCGCACCCUCGACUUCGCGCACCGGCGGGGCAUCUUUCAUCGGGACAUCAAGCCCCACAACAUCAUGAUCGACCACGCGCAUCGGAUUCUGCGCGUGAUUGACUGGGGGCUCGCGGAGUAUUAUUUGCACGGGGAGGACCUCAACUGCGGGGUCGCCACGCGGCAUUACAAGGGGCCGGAGCUCCUUUUGGGCUACCGGCGCUACGACUUCGCGCUGGAUAUUUGGUGCGUGGGCUGCGUCUUGGCCGGGAUGCUCUUCCACGUCGACCCGUUUUUCGACGGCGGGAAUAACGAGGAUCAGCUGCUGCGUAUCGUGAGCGUCUUCGGCACCGACGCCGUGCGGCGCUAUGCGGAGAAGUACCACGCGCAAAUCCCCCGCGCGGUCUUGGCGAGUUUGGAGGGGAUGGAGCCCGGGCACUGCGGGUGGCGGCGGUUUAUUAUGCCCUCCAACGCGCGCUUUUGCGAUGACGUCGCGCUGGAUUUGCUGGAUAAGAUGCUCCAGUUCGACCACCAAGAUCGCAUUCGCGCGGAUGAGGCGAUGGAGCAUCCGUAUUUCGACCCCGUCCGACGGGCCUUCGCAGGGGAUCCAAAUCAACGCUACCCUUUCCUUCCGGCCUGA